UUCCCCAUUCAAAUUUUCCUUUAUUUUGUUCAGAUUGAAAUUUGGGCUGUGUUUCGUUGAAGGCCCGAUUUCACCUGCUGAGAGCUGUUGAUAUCUCAGUUUAAAGCUCAUAUCUAUUUGGUUCGAAACUGAAUUUUAUCAGAGGAAGUUUUGUGUGUUCGCAAGCCUACAACACCCGUUGCAUUUUCUUCAGCGUGACCAACAACUGCACCUCUGAAGUUAACCAUGGCCAGCUACCCAAUAUAUCAUCUAGAUGCUUGAGGGAUAACGUCACCGCUGUGCACGAUUUCGAGGUGGCCAGUUAGCAGUUGUUGGAUGGCAUCUGGUCGGCAAGCACAUUCCCUCAAGUUUCCGCCUCGCCUAGCAUCCACCCCACUUCCCCAGCCAACCCAGCCGCCCUCUCCAUGCCGAACCCCUGUGCUGGUGGUGGAAAAAGUUUGCAAGAGGAACUUGAUUUUUUAGCUUAAUUUUUUCUUAUACAGGUGAUGCUUUUUUAUAUUAUGGAUGGAUUCUUGAUAGCCAUCAUGGAUUACUGCUAAGUAGAUAAUAGAAUAUUAAAUAAGUAAAAAAAAUUGCACGGUAUAGUAAUGAUAACAUGGUGUUAGUUCCUAUGAUUUUUUUGCUUAAAGCCUAUAUUAGUCGAAUUUAAUGGUUUUGUACAGUUACACCCACAGAUUACAGCAUUCAAUGAGUUUGAUUUGUGGCAGGAUCAAUGUUGUUCGUUGUUCUGUUCCAUAAUUCCUAGCAGUUUUUUGUUUCAUCAAAGGUGGUCACAUUCAGAUUCAGAUUUUUAUAAUUACAUACAGAUUUUUUUUACUUAAUGAUGAUAUGUGUAGCCAUCCUCCCCGGGGCUCCAAUCUGUGAGUAUGUUGGUGUGUUGCCGAGGACUGGAGAGAAAAGGUCAGGGUCUGAUAUGCAUAUGCCAUCACUUCAUGUUGAGAACAAUUCCGAGGCACCACCGGCACCGGAGUACUGCAUUGAUGCUGGCUCCAUUGGAAGUUUUGCAAGGUUCAUAAACCAUGGCUGCAACCCUAACCUCUUCGCCCAAUGUGUCCUAACCAAUCACCACGACGUCAAGCUAGAAAAGGUGAUGCUUUUUGCUGCCGACACGGUACUUCCACUUCAGGUAGCACCUAACAUCGACAGCUGCGAUGUCAGGAACUCCCUCGCAAUUGCCAAAUAUGUCGCUGAAAUUACAACUUCUACAGACAGACCAAGGAGUUGAGUUGUGAGGCCCCCACCUACAUGACACCAAACUGAUAUCAAUGAGAAAAGGCGUAGUAUUCCCAUUGACUGGUUGACUGAGGUAAGUAUUCCAUUCGAUGCUCCGUGGAUUCGGCAAAGUAGUCUGAACUUAGUAUUCUCUGGAAUGUAAAGUUCUUACAAACCCAAUGUUUCAUUGUCCAAUGCAGGUGCAGUACAAGCUUGAGCUACUAGAUUUGCUUAAGAUCAUGGAAGCUUGGGUUGAUGGAGUGCUUGUAUUUAGUUUUUGUUUUGACCUUGUGAAACUUGUUACCUAUGGAUGAAACUGUGUAAUAUUGAUGAAACUAUGUAUAUGUACGGAUGAACCUUGCUACUAUUGGUAACAUGUAUUGGAUAUAUGUGUUCAUGACUAUUGGUAAUAUGUAUUGAAUAUGCUAUAUUGGUCA